AUGCUCAUUCCCAAAGCCGAUCGCAAGGCGAUCCACGAGUACCUCUUCAAGGAGGGUGUACUCGUCGCCAAAAAGGACUACAACCUGGCCAAGCACGGCGAUAUUGAUGUCAAGAACCUCUAUGUCAUCAAAGCCUGCCAAUCCCUCACCUCCCGUGGCUUCCUCAAGACCCGCUUCUCCUGGCAAUACUACUACUACACCCUGACCCCCGAGGGCCUCGAGUACCUGCGCGACUGGCUGCACCUGCCUGCCGAGAUCGUCCCUGCUACCCACAUCAAGCAGCAGCGCUCCCAUGCUCCUCCCCGCGGCAUGAUGGGCGGUGAUGACCGUGGUGAGCGUCGUCCAGGAGGUGGUCGUGGUGGUCCCCGACGUGAUGGCGAGGGUGGUGGCUUCCGUCGUGAUGGCGACCGCGAGGGCGGAUAUCGUCGUCGUGAGGCCGGUGGUGAGCCUGGCAAGGAGGGUGCGCCAGGCGAAUUCGCUCCCUCGUUCAGAGGCGGGUUUGGCCGCGGCCGUGGUGCGCCUCCUUCUUAA